AUGACUCGGGACUUCUACAAUGGAGGUUCUAUGGAACUCAAGACGCUUGCAGAGAACAAGACGUCUUAUGAUCGGUAUAGACUUCGCCCAAGGGUGAUGAUCGACGUGAAUGUGGUGGAUACCACCACCGACUGUUUGGGUGCAAAAGUGGCUUUUCCACUUGGCUUAUCGCCUACUGCUUGUCAUGGUAUGGCUCAUCCUGAUGCUGAGCGUGGAACGGCCAGAGCAGCUGCAAAGAAGGGAGUCAAUAUGGUGCUUUCCAGUUGGUCCAAUACGCCCUCCAAAGAGGUUAUAGAGGAGGGUAAGAAUGGUAAGAAUGUGUAUGCUCAUCAGUUGAGUGUGUUGAGCGACGAUCAGACCAACUUGGAUAUCAUUGCAAACGCUGAAAAAUGCGGCUACAAGGCUCUUUUCGUCAGUGUGGAUACUCCAUGGCUCGGCAGAAGACUCAAUGAGUUGAGAAACUCGUUUGAGCUUCCUGACCACCUUGGUUUCCCACUUUACCCUUGGAUGAACGCUCAUAAGAUGCUUAGUGACGAUAAGAGAACGAAGUUUGAGGCUGGCCUUACUUGGGACUAUGUUAAGUACCUUAAGUCCAAGACAUCUAUGCAAAUCUGGCUCAAGGGUAUUCUUACUGGUGAAGACGCAGCUUUGGCUGUGGAUGCUGGAGCUGAUGGAAUCGUGGUUUCUAACCACGGAGGUAGACAAUUGGACGGUGCCAUGUCUACAUUAGAUGCAUUGCCAGAGAUUGUGGAAGCUGUGAGAGGCAGAAUCCCAAUCCACAUCGAUGGAGGUAUCAGAAGAGGAAGUGAUAUUUUCAAAGCAUUGGCAUUGGGCGCUGACCAUUGCUGGGUGGGCAGAAUCCCAUUGUGGGGACUUGCCUACAAGGGAGAAGAGGGAGUUAGCAUAGCCCUUAAUAUUCUUCACGACGAGUUCCGUACGGUUAUGGCUCUUAUGGGAUGUACUCGUGUGGAGGACAUUGGACCACAGCACUUGGCCAGGUUCGGUCCAGACGGCUCAAUUCACCGUGUUUCUGGCCCAAGACUUUAA